UCUGCCUGUGUGACUGGUAAUGAACUAAUCAUUGAUGGAGGAUGGAGCUUGUGACUGACCCUACCUGCAAAAGGAAAUUCCUGCCAUGAAAGGCAAAAAGUUUACAACAAUGGUAAAGGAGGUUAAUGUAAAUGAUAAUGAAGAUACUGAGCCAUCAGUAUGUGAGACAAAUGGCAUGAUUCCCAUGCACGAGCAAAGUGAGGAGAGACCAACAGCAGAUGCCAAAGGUACUGAUGGGAAUGUUCAAACAGAAGAAACUGCUCUCCUGAACCAUUGUGCUCAGCAACCUCCGGAACCGAUAGCAGGGUCUUCAGUACCUGCAAGAACAUGGAGGCAAAUAUUUACUUGUCCUCCUCAGGGUUUACUGGCCCAAACAGUGACAAAUGUUGCAAUCGUGGUCCUGGUUUGGGCUGUGGUUUGGUCCAUCACUGGGACUGAGUGUCUCCCAGGUGGAAAUCUGUUUGGAAUUCUGUUUCUUUAUUUUUUUGCUGUCAUUGGAGGUAAAAUUUUUGGAUUCAUUAAAAUACGAACACUACCCCCUCUCCCCGCUCUUCUAGGGAUGCUACUUGCUGGUUUCCUAAUCCGAAAUACCCCAUUCAUUAGUGACAUCGUCCAGAUAAACCUGCGCUGGUCUGCAGCACUGAGGAAUAUUGCUCUUUCAAUUAUCUUGACCCGAGCAGGACUCGGCCUGGAUCCAAAGGCUCUUAAGAAGCUCAAAGCAGUCUGCUUACGGCUUUCUUUUGGACCGUGCAUCUCAGAAACAUGCACAGCUGCUGUUCUUGCCUACUUGUUCAUGCACUUGCCAUGGCAAUGGGGAUUUAUAUUAGGUUUUGUUCUAGGUGCAGUCUCCCCUGCUGUGGUGGUUCCCUCAAUGCUGAUUUUACAAGCUGGGGGAUAUGGUGUGGAGAAAGGUGUCCCAACUUUGCUAAUGGCAGCCGGCAGCAUUGAUGACAUUCUGGCUAUCACAGGCUUCAACACUUGCCUUGGGAUGGCUUUCUCUUCUGGUUCUACUCUGUACAAUGUUCUUCGUGGAGUGCUGGAGGUUGCUGUUGGCAUAGCAGCUGGGGGGAUCCUGGGAAUGUUCGUUCGAUAUUUCCCAAGCCAUGAUCAGGCAUCUCUGGCAUGGAAGAGAUCGUAUUUUGUACUUGGGCUGUCCAUGUUUGCUGUUUUUGGCAGCAUCUACUUUGGCUUCCCUGGAUCAGGAGGGCUCUGCACGUUAGUCUUAGCCUUUGUUGCAGGUGUGGGAUGGUCUGAUGAAAAGAGGGAAGUAGAAAAAAUUGUUGCAGUUGCAUGGAAUAUCUUUCAACCUUUUCUUUUUGGUUUAAUUGGAGCAGAAGUAUCUGUUACGUCUCUGAGGCCUGAAACUGUUGGGCUCUGUGUGGCUACACUAGGCAUUGCCCUAGUUGUGCGAAUUAUAGCAACGUUCCUGAUGGUGUGUUUUGCUGGGUUUAAUUUCAAGGAGAAAGUAUUUGUCUCAUUGGCAUGGAUUCCUAAAGCCACUGUCCAGGCUGCAAUAGGUUCCCUUGCCCUGGAUACAGCAAGAAGUCAUCAGGAUGAGCAACUUGAGAAGUACGGAAUGGAUGUACUGACAGUAGCUUUCUUGGCUAUCUUGAUCACUGCUCCAGUUGGAGCCCUGGUUAUUGGCUUGGCAGGGCCCAGACUUUUGCAGAAGGCUCAGACAACUAGCAAGGAGGAUGAGGAAGGUGCUGAGGUUGGAGAAGAGGCAGAGGCCUGUGAACCUUCGUAGGACAGCCAUCUACAGUUGUAUGGUCCUUCAGCCCUUACACUUCUGUUGAGUAAACACAGCAUGUCUGUAAUCUUUAUGGAGGAAACCAAAACAAGUAUCAGUUACGUCUGCUAUUUUAAAAGCAGCCCUGGUGGAGUUUUAUAAAAUAUUUUUAUGUGUU